GUAUUUUGCUUCGCCAAACUUUUUUUACCGGUUGAUUGCAGCAGACGAUCUGUCUCGUCUCCGAGCGAACCCAUUUCUUCGUCCUCCGAAGCGGAAAUUUCCCCAAUCCAUAAAAAGAGGAGGAGGAAUUGGAGGUGGAAGGAGAGAUUCGAGAGAGAAUUCGCUGAAAUUGGCCCUGUUUUUCUUAUCAUUAAUCGAUGUCCAUAUCCAUGGAGAUGCCUACCUCGUGGGAUGCUCUUCGCAAACAGGCAAGGAAACUUGAAGCUCAGUUGGAUGAGCAGAUGAAUUCUUUUCGAAAACUAGUUUCAACAAAGGUUUCUACAAAUGUUGAUACUGCAGAGAGUGAUGUUGAAUCUGGGAUAGAACGUCUAUUAAAGCAGCUCCAACAAGUGAAUUCACAGAUGCAAGCUUGGGUCUCAUCAGGUGGUUCGGAAAUGGUUUCCCAUACCUUGACUAGACAUCAGGAAAUUCUUCAAGAUCUUACGCAGGAGUUUUAUCGUCUUCGCUCCAGCCUGCGAGCUAAGCAAGAACAUGCUUCACUUCUAGACGACUUCAGGGAGUUUGAUCGUUCAAGACUUGAAUUGGAAGAUGGUCUGGGUACUUCAGAACAAACUCUUAUAAAGGAGCACGCAUCUAUUAGCCGUAGCACAGGACAGAUGGAUAAUGUGAUUUCACAAGCCCAAGCAACCCUAGGUGCACUUGUCUUCCAGCGAUCGACCUUUGGUGGCAUCAACUCAAAGCUUAGUAAUGUUAGCAGUCGCCUUCCAUCAGUAAAUCAUAUUCUUGCAGCAAUUAGGAGGAAAAAGUCCAUGGACACAAUCAUACUCUCCCUUGUUGCGUCCGUAUGCACAUUUCUGAUCUUUAUCUACUGGUUGACCAAGUGAGUUGUGAUUAUUUGUUCUUGGCAACUGUGUUGAAAGUUGUACGUGCUUCUUGUUUUGAUACACUCUUUACAGGGUCCAGCUCAUCUUUUCUUAUUGACUUUACUUGUAACAAAUUUUCCCAGUAAUUCAUUAAAUAUUAUUCAUAUUUUGGCUGAAAUUUACCGGGGCGGGUUUACCUGGCCGGAAAACUGAAGUUGGUGCUUACAUCUA